UCAUUUGCAUAGGAGCGCGCAUAAAAGAGCGCGCGCGCUGCGCCCCUCCCAACAAUCGGCAGCCGCCUCUGAGCAGAUCGGACUCUCCUUGUUCGUGCAGCUCUCUCGGCUCCUUCCAGCAACCAUGUCUGACAAACCCGAUAUGGCUGAGAUCGAGAAAUUCGAUAAGUCGAAAUUGAAGAAGACAGAAACGCAAGAGAAAAAUCCUCUGCCUUCAAAAGAAACAAUUGAACAAAAAGCCAGGAGAUGGCUCAGUUGGUAA